CAUUAUUCAUAAGUACAGACUACGUAGCUCAUCCACUAAGGACUUAUCAAGUCAUCAACUAAUUAUAUUACUUACCUAUAUAAAAGCGACUUCCUACUGCAAGGAUCAUCAAUUACCAGCUACCAGCAGAAGCAGUCCAUUCCUACAGUAUCACGAUGCACGCGUUUGGAUUUUUAUGUGUAAUUGCAGUCGCAUAUGCAUUGCCUGUUCUCCCGAAACCCCCCGCUAUACCACCUAAAUCUGUAGAACACAACCUUGAAGCACAAAAUAAAGAACGUGCAUUAAUACUUAAGGAAGUAGCAGAAGCAAAACCCGAAGUACAAAUAUACAAUGAGCAAGACCCCAUCGCGGAGAAUGAAAAGAAUCACGAUUUAAUUUUGAAAGAAGCUGAACAGUCCAAGCCUCAAUAUCAAAAGUAUGAUGAGCAAAAUUCUGAUUCGUCGGAAUUUAGACCAUUCAAUGAUGGAGAAUCAUCAAGUGAGGAUAUUGACAACGAGAAAAAGUCUAAGCCGAAGCUUGUAAUCCCAAAACCUCCUUCAUUUUCAACUAAAUUGUCUGUACCCUCUUUGCCGAUUUCGCUGUCAUCACUACCAACUUUAGGUAUAAAGUGGCCAAUUCGCGUCCCUGCCAUCUUUAAACCACCUAAAAUUACUUAUUUAGGUUAAUUUUUAGAAAAUAAUGUAUUAACUUACCAUACUGUACAUACUUAUAAUUAAAUAUAAUAUUUUUAUUAAUCUAAA